GUGGCGAGCGUAGCAACUUCCUGCUAGUUUGGUAUGAUAAAUUCUCUCAGUUCCUGUGUGAUCACAGUCCGAUCUCAUGCUCAGUGCAGUUGACUACAAACAGCUUUGAUGGAGAAAUCAAGUGUUCUAAGUUCUGGUGAAGACCCCGAAUCAGAGGACAACAAGUCCGACGUGAAAGCUAUCAUGGCCCGCUUCCAAGCAGGAAAUGUAUCUACAGAAGGGACUCCAGGUGUUCGUCCGAAACCACCUGUCCAGCCCACUUUGUCUUCAGGCCCAGUCGUGCCUGCUAAGAAGCCUGUUCUUGAAAGUAGCCUAUCCAGUGGAAUUACUACCUCAACUGCCCCCAAACCUAAGAGCACAGUCAACACAGCUAGAAGCGCUCCAGACAUGCACGAACCUCCAAAGAUAAAAGCUUUUGGGACUAGGUUUGAAAACACACAAGAGAACAACAAAGUCAACUUUAAAGUUCCUGUUAAACCCAAACCACCAGAUUCGUCCCAGGACUCUGAGACUCCAAAGGUCCCAUUCCCAAAGGCACCACUACAGAAGCCUGCUUCAAGCAUCAUGGCGAACGAAUCAAAGGUAACAAGCCCAAAGCCAAUGACUCCUACGGCAAAACCACCCUGGGUCAAAGACAUCGCGAAAGCUGAAGACAACAGCACUAGCCCGAAUCCUGCUCCUCCAAAAAUGCCUUUAGCACCCAAACCGAAAAGCACCAUGGCUAUGCUGCGCCAGCAGCCAGAGGAAAGCAGUAACGUGGAAACUGCUGCAAAACCUUCCUCGGUAUCUAAUGUGAAACCAUCAAGUUUCCGUGUUAAAAAUAGCUUCAACAAACUAGAGGAAGGUGUUAAGGAAGGUGCUAAAGUACCAAGUGCUAAUGAGUCCGUCCCAAAGCCCCUAAUGCCUAAUAAACCCAGCUUCCCAAGAAAAUCAUCUGGGCCACAGCCAGCCAACGAUGACCCGUCGGCACCCAAGAAGAAACCCUUACCCAAUACCUACGCUCUGGGCAGCGCUCCCUCCAAACCCAACAGACCGCCCAAAGUCAACCUUGAGAAGUUCAAGAAGGGCUCAGAGGCUACAACAGAGAGUCCUGCACCAAAGAAUGUAACUCCCCCUCCCCCACCCACCUCUCACCCCAGUAGUCAGGCGCCUCCGCCUCUGCCCUCUCAACACUUACGUCCCAACUUGCCCCCACGACCUUCAGGACCUAUAACUGAUGAAAAUUACGAUGACGUGGAUAGCUUUAGAAUGGAACAUAAAAAUGAGGGAAGUGGAAGUGAUGGUGAGAUAUAUGAGGAUCUUGAUGACAGCAGGUCUGCUGCAGAGGCAAGUCAGCCUCAGAAAAAGCAAGAAAAAGAAGUUAAAAAUCAGAAAGACCGUGAGAAAAAAGAGAAAGAGGCAAUUAAGAAGUUUAAAAUAACACCGCCCCUGCAGGUUAUUCAUCAGGUAAAAGCUAAAGCUGACUGCAAGGGUGGGAAACAUGACCUCUCCAUAAAGAAAGGCGAGUCAGUUGAUAUCAUUCGAAUCACUGACAAUCCAGAGGGUAAAUGGUUGGGCCGGAGUCAAGAUGGAUCAUUUGGCUAUGUUAAAACGGAAAUGGUUGAGAUCGACUUCAGUGUCUUGAAGAAUCAAGGCCUGUCUCUUCCUCAUAACUUGGAAAGUGAAGAGGUGUACGAUGACGUAGAAUCUAUGGACGAUCACGGGAAUAUGAAUGGGCAGCGGAUUGUUCUACCUCCACCACCAGAUGAUGAUUUGUAUGAUGAUAUACCUGAAUCCAAUCUCAUUCCAAACAGCACUGGAGAUCCCAGGCCUCUCUUAAAGCGCAACUUCUUGGAAAUGCUCAAAAGCUCGGUUGAACGGAGAAAAAGUCAACUUCAAAAUAACGACAUUGCUCCCCCUCCACAAUUUACACAUGAAGAUGCUUCCCAAGACAUAUAUGAUGAUGUUGAUUCAUUCCCUGGUGCUCCAUCACCUAGCAGCCUUCCUCCAGUGAAAUCUAAGGCGACCAAAGUCCACGAGGACCCGAAAAAGCAAAAGAAGUUUGAGAAGGAAGAAAAGGAAUUUCGGAAAAAGUUUAAGUACGAUGGGGAGAUUCAGGUACUUCAUCAAGCAACAAUUGCCAUUAGUAAAAAGGGAAGUGGGAAAGACCUGGCUGUGCAAGCUGGGGAGACUGUGGAUGUCAUCAACAAAUCUGACCCUGACAAAUUCAUCUGUAGGAACAAGGAGGGCAAAUUUGGAUACGUUCCAAUCAGCAACAUUCAAACAGAUGAUGAGGUCUAUGAUGACAUUGGAGAUGACUGUAUCUAUGAUAACGACUGAAGAUCUCACACCAUCGUCAUCUCAUCUUCUGGUGCAGCUUAUUAUUUCUGGCCCUUUCUUCUUGAUUGUUGGGCGUAUUUAUUGUAUAGACACAUUAGGUUGAAAUAAACAGCCUAGUACCAUCAUGAUAUCACAGUUGCCUUAGUAAAAAUAAAUGGCUUCUUAUCCAUAUCGGCCUCCAAAUACAAAGUCUUUUACUUUCUUUUUCCUGUCAUGCGUUUGAGAAAACUAGCUGAAACUAAUUCUAAGAUACAUUUUUGUUUCUAAGUGAAAGGCAGUAUUUUGUAACCGGUCUUUAUUUGCUCAUUUACUUGUGUUUUUGUAAAUAUUACACUGCAAAAGACUGAACUGUUUUCAUCACUUGAUAAUAAAUGUAUACGUUUGCAUCCCUUUUAAAUGCAACACGCUAAUGAUGUUGAUUAAACAAUGUUUACAUCUAUGUUCACUUGAUUUAGAACAAAAAAAAAGCUUCAGAAAUGUUC